CUUGGCGCUGCCUGGUAACCGGCGGCCUGGACCAAAACAAACCUAAGCCCGGUGUGACCUCCCAGUAGUGUGUGUGCCCGGAGUUAUAGGGACAGGGCCACCACCUGCUGUCUGUGCUGUGAACUGGCUCAGCUGGGGGCGCUGCGACUAAACAGUGAAGGGGUUUUCUGUGGAUACAAGGGCUUACUACACAAAAUGAUGAAAAAUAUUGUGAAUACAGCAAGGCAAGCAUUUGCCACUGGGAAGACACGCUCAUUGGACUUCCGGAUACAGCAGCUACAAGCUCUGAAGCGAAUGAUCAAUGAGAAUGAAGCAGAGAUAAAGAACGCCUUAAAAGCAGACCUACACAAGAAUGAUUGUUCUGCUUACAGUCUUGAGAUUAUGGGGCUCUUAGCAGAAAUUGAGCUUUGCAUUGACAGUCUUCAUGAUUGGGCUGCACCAAAGCAUGUGAAAAAGAACCUGAUGACUAUCUCAGAUGAAGUGUACAUCCACUAUGAGCCUUUUGGUGUUGUCCUAGUCAUUGGAGCUUGGAACUAUCCACUUGUCGUUGCUCUGCAGCCUGUGGUGGGGGCCAUUGCAGCAGGUAAUGCUGUGGUGCUCAAACCUUCCGAGGUGAGCGAACAUACUGCUAAGGCUUUGGAGAAACUUGUCCCACGAUACUUGGACAAGGAACUGUACCCAGUGGUGAACGGAGGAGUAGCAGAGACAACAGAGUUGCUUGCAGAAAGAUUUGAUCACAUUUUAUAUACUGGGAAUACAGUUGUUGGCAAAAUAAUCAUGACAGCAGCAGCUAAGUACCUAACACCUGUCACCCUUGAACUGGGAGGAAAGAGUCCAUGUUACAUUGAUAAGGACUGUGAUAUUGAUAUUGCCAGCAGACGUAUAACUUGGGGAAAGUUUGUAAACUGUGGACAAACAUGUAUCGCUCCUGACUAUGUUCUAUGUGAUAAAUCCAUCCAAGGUAAACUGAUCGAGAAGAUCAAGGAGACACUAAAGGAAUUUUAUGGUGAUAAUCCCAAAGAGUCUCCAGAUUAUGAAAGGAUUAUUAACAAACGUCACUUUAAGCGUAUUAUUGGCUUGCUGGAGGGGGAGAAGGCUGCUAUUGGAGGAGAGCACGAUGAGUCAACAUGUUAUAUAGCACCAACUGUUCUUAUUGAUGUGAAGCCUGAAGCAAAGGUCAUGCAAGAAGAGAUUUUUGGACCCCUGCUUCCCAUAAUAACUGUGAAAGAUGUGGAUGAAGCCAUUCAGUUCAUAAACAAGGGAGAGAAGCCACUUGCACUUUAUCCAUUUUCAAAUAACAAAAAGGUAAUAAAAAAGAUAAUUUCCGAGACAUCAAGUGGAGGAGUCACAGGAAAUGAUGUUUUCAUGCAUUUCUCAAUCGCAGAAUUACCUUUUGGAGGUGUCGGAUAUAGUGGCAUGGGUGCCUACCAUGGCAAACAUUCAUUUGAAACUUUCUCUCAUAAACGGUCGUGCCUUAUCAAGUCCUUAUCUAUGGAAGGUGCAAACAAGCUGCGGUAUCCUCCUUACAGCCAGAAGAAACUGGAUUGGGCCAAGUUUAUUUUGAUGGGUAAAUUCAGCAAGAAGAAGCUGGGUCUAGUUCUCCUGCCUAUUGUUGCUGUGGUAGCAGCUUUAAUUUUGAAGAAAUAUCGUUGGCAACUGGCAGGCAGAGGGCUGCAGCUUGCACUGGCUUUUCAGAGACUGUGCUUUAAGCAGGUCUCUUAACAGUAAGAUGAUCUAAAAGUGGGAGCCUCAUGUCUGAAUCAGCUGUUCCUGGUUGUUUCCAGUUAAAGUCUAUGCAUUGUACACACACAUUUACUUCUGUUUUAUAUUUCUCAGAACGUCUAAUAGAUUACUUUAUCAUUGUCCUUAUGGAUUCAAUGGUAGCCACAUUUGAAAGAAAGGCCUUUUUUUUUU